UUGUUUCCCUAGCUCCCUUAGUAAAAGGGGAGGUAUAAGGCAAAUACUUGACAGAAAAUGGAAUGUAGGUCUGCACUGGAAAUAGCUAAAUAGGAGAACUUGACCUUUUAUCGGGACACAGAAAGUCGACCAGCUGAUGAUUCCAAACUAGCUGCCAUUUUCAGGUCAUUCGAGGCAUCUCGCUAAAUUGUUUGUUGCUCCAGAUAUUUGUAUGAGUAAGCCUGCUUUAUUCGCCUGUUAAUUUCCCUUUGUAAUGGACAAAACGCGUUGUCCUGUGCUGUCUAGUGGUGGAAUAUAAAUCAUGAUGGCUGAUGGAUGUUGCAAAGGAAUGGAAAGAGGCAGGGGUAAGAUUGCAUCAGACUCUUUACCAAGACAUGCAUUUCCUCAGCAAUAUGUUCAGACCUGGUCACAGCAGCAAGGAAAUGACAUCCAAGAAUUAGCUUCCAAACGCGUCGACAUCCAGAAGAAACGCUUUUAUCUGGAUGUCAAGCAGAGUGUACGCGGCCGUUUCCUUAAAAUAGCCGAGGUGUGGAUAGGAAGGGGCCGUCAUGAUAACAUCAGAAAGAGCAAGCUGACACUGUCUAUGUCGAUGGCUCCCGCUCUACGCUACUGUCUGGGAGACUUUAUAGAUUAUUACGCCCGCAUUGGACUGCGGGGGGGGCUGGCGCCUCCGCAGGUCGAGGACCACAGUAACAAUGGCCAGGGCCGCGGGAACGACUCCCGUAAGAGAGCGCAGGAGCAUCACGCGAACCUGUCCCCCACCGGUUCUGUUGUGUCCGAUGACCAUGCACAUCGUGUUCUCAAGAGCGAAUUUAUUGAGCGAGACAACAGAAAGUACUUUCUGGACCUGAAGGAGAACCAGAGAGGCAGAUUCCUCCGCAUACGGCAGACUGUCAGCAAAGGACACGGCACAAUGGGCUACUACGGCCAGGGCAUCGAGCAGACCAUAGUGUUACCCGCACAGGGACUGAUUGAGUUCAGAGACGCUCUGUCACAGCUGAUUGAAGACUACGGGGACGAAGAGAGCGAAGACCGCAGCCGAGCAGGCUCCAGGAAUCGCAACGACAACCCCGAGCUUCCAGAGGCUGCGUCUUUUCGAGUGGACAACAAAAGGUUUUACUUUGAUGUGGGUUCAAACCGGUAUGGUAUCUUUUUAAAAAUCAGCGAAGUGCGACAGCCGUAUAGAAACACCAUCACAGUUCCCCUAAAAGCCUGGGCUAGAUUCGGAGAGAAUUUCAUCAGGUACGAGGAGGAGAUGCGACGAAUCUUUUCUUGUCACAAAGAUAAAAGGACAGAUGGCCAGCAAGACAGUGAGGAACAGGAGGACUGACCUUCAUGGUGCUUUUAGCAUGUAGCCUAAUUUAGGGUUUCAGUUUUGUCCAGAUGUGACAAUAAUAUGAUGUACUGUAUGUGUCCCUACCAUACUACUCAGAUACGAUGUACUUCAUUAACUUUUCAGUUUAUUUGCCAAGGGCUGAUAAACUCAAAAUUUUUAACAUGCCAAGAAGUCAGUCAUCAUUUUCUCAUUGCCGAUUAUUGUGUUGUAGCCAGUUAGUCAGGGCCAUCCCAGGGUCCUGAGCCAGCUGCAUCCCUGCGCUCCCCCAUACCAUACUCAUACCUCCCUGUUAAAUUCAAGAGUGCAGUGUUCAUUUGCUUAAACUUUAAUUCUAAGUUACAUAGAAAGUUGACGCUAAUAAUAUCUGUUAAUAUUUUACCCCCAAAGCAAUAUGGUUAACAAUUUUAUGGCACACUAAUGUGCAGAAAUUUUGUCAGUUUAAAUAAACAGAGUUAAUUUGUUAAGUAUAGUGUGUUUUGUGAUAGGUACAAUUUAAGAAAUGAUAUAGAAAGAAAAAAAAUCGGACCCUUUUAUUAAUGAAGAAAAUACCUCAUAUAUUGGAACUUACUAUAAGUGCAAUACACACAAGCAGCAUUAUAGAACACUUGCAACCCAACUGGACAAGUGGAGAAGAAAUUAAAUUACAGGAAUCAGAAUUGGAAAUGGGAAACGAGUGUUGUACAGAUUAAUGCUGCCAGUUAAGACUUGGUGGGAGGGGAGAAAAAUAAGACACAUAUUGUGACAUUAAUCACAUACUGUUGGUGUGUGCUGCCUUUUCACUGGUCCAGCCGGAAGGUUUUCAUUCAUGUUAACAGUUCCAGUUUAUGUUGCCUCAUAUGAGACACAAAACAUUGCUUUAAAUGUCCAUGAUAAUGCUGGCAAAAAUGAAUUUAGUGACAGCUUUUCCUGCAGUGCAGUACUUUAGGCCAAUCAAUCUGUGCAAAUGACCAGACUAGAGCAUCCUGAAAUGUAUAAAAUGUGCUGCUUACCUCGGCAGCAUAAUGAUGGGGGGGAGACAUGUGCUGUAGAAGCCUGCUUUAAAUUACAAGGACACAAAGCACUACAUGAUGUUCUGGUUUUUGAUAAGACUCUACCCUGCAGUUGUACUGUGUGUUGCAUUCACAAAAAUGGGGGAGGUAAAAUGAAUUAAAAAAACUUUAUAGGUACUGCAAUCCAAGUCCAGUAAUUCUAUCCAACACAAGCACUUAAACCUUAUUUAGACUUCUGCGUGAAAUCUGUGUUGCAACACUUGAAAAAGAACGGGCUUGUAGAAUUUGCUGAAAGACUAGAUCACUUGAUGACUUGAUAUAAUUACCUUAAAAAUGGUUAAUAAAACUAGAAAACAACUAUAUAUGUAGCGGUCCAUUCAGGAACCCUAAAAUACAGCUCAACAGAAGAAUAAAAAACUGACUGCUAUCUGGAAAGACACACAGAUCUAAUGUCACAUUUCUAGAGAGUAACUGUGUUACUGGAGUUACAUUAUUUAUUUUAUGUGAUACUAAUAUCCUAAUACUUAAAUUUACAUAACAUAUUGACAGAAGGAAAGGUAUUUUACAUGUGUUCUGCUGAACACACAACAUUGUAAUAUGCUAUCUUUAGUGGCUGCACCCUCUGUCGUUCAGUGUCUUUACUACAUUUGACAGAGCCUAAACGUAGACCUGAAAAAAGAUGCACCAUGUUGCAUGACUGCUUGGAGUGUGGCUGCUCUUCCUAUUAUUCACAUGAAUUUGAAACAUAUAGCGGAUGGUACACUGAUGGUAGAAAAGUUCUAAAAUAAUAGAAGAGGUCUAUGCACUUUGACCUAGACAAACAAGCCUCCGUUUUUUGUUUUGUUUUUUGUUUUUAAUCUUUUGGCUUUCACUCAUUACAGCCAAGUUCUACAAGUUCUAAACAUUUUGCCAAAGAGAAUGCUUCUUUUCAUAAUUUAUUUUUGGCAUGAGGAAUAAUUAAACAUCAAAGUUUAUACUUUAAGUACCUUCCUGCCUAUUCUGUAAUAUUGUGUGGUGCUAUGAAAAUGGUUUCACACAUUGUCUUUUGAGGAUGUUGAUACCCAGUUUUCACUAUUACAGCUCAGGUCCGUUUUUUUUUUUUUUUUUUUAUAUAUAUGACGUAAAUAGAUCAAAGUCAAGGUAUAAACUGGGCUUGUUACCUUGAUGUCAGCAAAUAGCCCAGUGCUUACUGGUGAAUUGGGGGUGUUGGGAUCGAAAGGGCUCAACAUCAAGCUCAAAUGGGUCUAUAGAAAAUCUUAAAUCAAUAUGCUUGUGCCUGCAGAACCUUGUAUUUUACCUUUCCUUGCUGUCUAUUGAUGAACAAGCGAUUACAUUUUUUGAAAGUGUAAAUGUAAGUGUAAGUUCAUUUUUUACUUUAAGUCCUUAAAAUCCAUCCAAGUGCUGCUAUUCAUGAGCUUGGAUGGCAUUUUGCUGUAUAUUUGCCUAUGUUUGCAUUCUGUGACCAGCAUGAAAGUAGAGCUGGUCACAUUGACAAAGAACCCAAGCCAGACUUUGACUUGAGCAUCAUACCAGGAUAAGGCAAAAACCUAGAUCAACCUUAAUGUCCUUAAAAAGGACAAAAACCUAAAAACUGAAGUACCUGAACUCUAAAUGUGCAAAUGGUAAAGCUAGUUUUAUCUUCAGUAGAUUUUAAAGCAUAAACCCAAUCAAUUAAAUAGAUUCAUGUUAAUGCUUAAUCUUAACAUGAUUAACUUAAUUCCAGUAGCUUCUUUAUACUUCCCACUACCACUGAAACACAGUGCAGUACUUUACUGUGAGUGACAACAUCAUUUCUGUUAUAAAAAAGAAAGAAAUAGUAAUAUAAGCAGAAAGGGAUUCGUCUGCUACAACACGAUAUUCCUUUCUAAUAUGGAAAUUUACAAGGAAAGUACCUCUGGAGCUGAGGUACACCCUUUGAGAUUAGAUAAUAUUUUUUAAAGUACAGGUCCUAAUAAGCUAAAGUACGUUGACUGUUUGAACUUUAUUUUGAAUUAGGUGGGCAGCUUUUUAAAUUCUCAUGCAGGAAGUCAUAUUUCCCACGAGAUGUUGAUGCUUAUAUGAAGAGGUGUCAGAGCUAAUUGUCAAGUUUAUAUCUGAACAGAAACAAGUCAGAAGUUAAUAUUUGAUACCUCAUGUCUGUUUUGGGGUCUUUGUCUCAGUUUCACAGAUUUGAGAUUUAGUGAAAUGAAGAAGGGGAAAAAAGGAAAAAUAAUUUUAAAAAGAGUUUCAAUUGUUUUUUUUGUUUUUUUCUAGUUUUAGUAGGCAAUUCUUGGAAUGCUUUUGUGCUUGAAAAGCACAGGAUUGGUUUGGUGUGUCUGUUGUAUGAUCUAGUGAAGAGUUGUUUUAUUUUCAUAUAAAUGGCAAAGUAUAUAUGGUACAAAGCACAGUUUAUUUUAAAAAAUUAAAUGAAAUGUAAUAAUUUAAUUAACUCAUUAGUGAAAUGUGAUUCAACAUUGAUUGUCACAGAAUUAGGAAAAUUGUCUCAUCUACCCUAGAUAUUGGUUAUGUCAAUAACUGGCUGAGGCCAAGAUAUGGACAUAAAAACAAAGUAUUAUGUUUGAGGUGGAAUAUGACAUUGUUUAAAAUUAUGAUGGAUAUUCGUUUUGAAAAUUCCAAAAUCAACAGCACUUUAAAUAAAAGCUGCACUUUUGUUCUGCUGCUUUGUAAUUAGUUGACAUAGAGGAACUAUCUCUAGAUAUGCCUUUGGUGUAAAGUGACAAUCAUAGUUCUCUGCUUGUAGAAUCUGCUGAUGUGUGCUUCAAAACUCCUUUCAUUGUCUGUGUUGGUUUUUGACAGCUUCUUAUUGAGGCUCUCAAUAGUUUAACAUCUAUAUGUGUAUAUUCAUGCAAAUGCUAUAUUAAAUUUUCAUUAUCAUAUGUACCAAGACUCUAGAAUCUCACAGAAUAAUGUGAAAUCAAAUGUUCAUGUCAGGAAUAUUCUGUUAUGUUGACAUGAACAAUGUGAAGAAGUACUUGAACAUGAAACUACUGGUGAAAAAAUGUCAAAUAUGGCAUUUUUGAAUAAUAAUUGACACAUAACAAAAUAUUUUAGCUGUCAUUAGUCAGACAAUGCUUAAUUCUUUGAGUAGUCAAAUGUCAUUGUGUGUUUGUUCACUUUAGCCUAUUUUAACCCACAUCUGCUAAAAUAGCAAAGGUAUGAAUUGGUGUUAAAGAUUAGAUGGAUCUACAAAGAGAGAGGUUUUUAGUUCUGCUGUAUAGUUUUCCAUUUUCUUUUCCAUUUUUCCUACAGUUAGUUCCAGAGAGCAAAGUUCUGUUCAGAAAACAUAAUAAUAAUAAUAAUAAUAAAUAAAAUAA